AUGACGUUCUCGAAAUUGUUCGCCGGGAGUGCGGAUGGGAAUGACACGACAUUGACAGCGGUGAAUAGCAAUUUGGGUCCAAUUGAUCGCUUCUUCCGGACCCAUUAUCACCAUCACUCCCCUCAUCAAUUCUUUCCGCAUCAGCCGCCACCACGGCAUUCAUCCUUCGACCCGGGCAACUCACAUCACGCCCCCAAUCAUGAUUACUCAGGUGGAGCUCUCUAUCAUCCUGGAAUCUAUGGCAUGUACGGUCCCCAUCAGCAGUUCGGCCUGAAACUGGGUCACGGCGGCUAUGACGACAGCUAUUCAUAUGGGACGAGUGGAGGCCACAUGUACUACGAUCACGGGCCGCACUACUCCGGACGAAAGAGUGGCAAAGGCAGCGGAGCCUUGUCCGCCCUCACACUGCUGGCAUUCCUGUUCUUCCUCAACCUGCUCCAGAGCUGCCUCAAGGAGCACAUGGACACCAUGAAUCCCACGGUGAUGGUCAUGACCGCGGGUUCGGGUCGGGAGCAAAUGGAGAAGGUCUUAGAUGUGGAAGAGGAGCGAGGGAUGCAGGGAAAUGCAACAAAUGUGAAAGAAUUCAGUUUGCGAGAGCACUUUAUUGAGCUUCCGAAGCUCUACAAACUCGGGGAGAAUGCAUCAAAGGUGAAUGUGUAUCUUAAAGAUUACUCUGCGGGGGGUUAG